AUGAUGCGAUCAGGAUUCAAAAUGACCACCAUGUUGUUUGUACUGAUUUUAUCGCUCAUGACCGCUUUCUGCUCUGCUAAGAACAACAAACAAUCAGACACCAAGGUAACUGCAUUCACGCACUACACUACACUAGGCCACUACACAUUUUUUAAUACAGUUGAUGUUAAUUAAUGGAGAAACUAGGAAUAAGGUAUCAUGUAUUAAUUUUACUAAAUCAGUCUGCAGGUUGAUUAAGUGUAAGUGCUCAAAAUGCAUUCAAAAACUAAGAAUCUAAGAUCUAAGAAAGAAAAUCUAAGAAACCCAAAAUAAACACUUCCUCACCUGGAUUGAACGCUAAAUUACAGAAAAAAAUUGUCCAAGGCUACUAGCAUUUUGCAAUUAAAUUUUCUGUUUUUUUUUUUUGGCAGCCUGUUCAAUCUUGUCCAUCUUGUAAUAAUGGUGGACAAACCGGGAUGUGGACAUACAUGACAUGUGUCCCAGGAGCCCCUGGGGCACCUGGUCGAGAUGGAGCCAAAGGAGACCUGGGUAGCCCAGGGAAAACUGGGACCAAAGGAACACGUGGUGCUGCUGGAAAGAAAGGAGCAAAGGGAGAGCCUGGGAUCCAGGGAUCCGCCGGACAAAAAGGACAGCGAGGGGACAAAGGCGACAGUGGAAAGGCACGACUGGCUUCACACAUGAACUGGAAGGAGUGCACUUGGAAAAGAUUGGACAGAAAAAAUUCAGGACUGAUAUAUGUAAGUGCGCAACGUCACUUUAUCACUAGAAUUAAAGGAACAAUAUCCCGUUACUGCGCAUGAACCAAACUUUGAUUUUCUGACAGGAUGUCACGAAUUCAAAAGAUACGAAGAGGGUGAGAGAACCUUAAAAAAUCUGUUUGCAUCGCGCUUGGUCAAGUUCGAUACUACACUAAAAUUUUUCAGAAUUACAGAUCAAUGAUAUAUUGUUCAAGUUAAGUUUCGAUUUGGGCGAAAUCGGGAUUUUAUGGCGUUAUUUAAUUUCAUUGCCGUUGGCCAGAGGACCAAGAGAAGGGAAACGCUUUAAUGACAGUUGAAGGCUUAUUAUUUCUCCCGCCAGCUUCCAUACAAGCUCAGAUAAUUGUGAAAGGAAUACGCAGAAAUGGAAUAGCAACAAUAAAGACGAUGUAAGAAAGAAACCAUUGAGACAUGGAUUUGAGGACAUCUUGUUGAAUAAAGCUUCGUGAAGCACAAUGUUUUGCAACGACGUAUUAGUAACUUUUAAAUAAACCUCCCUACGGCCAACAAAUCAAACAAACAGGCACUACAUAAUAUAAUGUUUGACUAACCUUUGAGAUUGCAUUUUUAUUCAUAUCUUGCGACCUUUUGAGGAUAGAACGCGAGCAAAUAUUACUGGAUUUGACUUGCCACAAAUUAACCUCUGAUACGAGUUUCACAGCAGAAAAGCUGUUUUAAAAGCGAGCGGAACGAGCUUUUCAUGUUGCGAAGCGGACGAGCCACGGCAAAAUCGCGAUAAGUCUUUACUGCCGCAAGCUAAUUUUUAAAUAGAACGAAAUACUUCUUCGAAAGUAUUAAUUGAGAAUGUUAACAACAAAUCUUCUUCGAUCGGCGGUGCGGUCCGGAAGGAAAUCUUGCAACGUCAAUAUGACAGUUCUAUUGUCUUUUUUAGAAAAAACAGACGACGCUCGCCAGAAAUCGCGACAAAUCUCGAACCAAGUUUUCCGUGCUAAUUACAUGAAGGUGUUUGUUUAAUGAUUUAAGCUGCUGUCAAAUCCAGCCUGGUGUGGGCUCAUUGUCACGAUAUUUUUUGAGUGUCUAAAAGUGUUACCUCUCAUAGCCUGCGAACGGCAGACGCUCAUCGCCGCUGAGGGACGUUUCGCGAGGAGGAACGUCUGCGACUCAGCGACAGAAAUUCCAUACUGAUGACGCAAAAUCUGUCCGUAAUCCGGUCGGUAGCACUAAUUGGUCGACGGAGUAGUUUCAUUGUUCUAGCUAUUGUUUACGAAUGACAGACAAAAGAUAAAAGGCGGCAAAGGUAAAAUGUAAACGCGAUGAGUCUCUAACAAAACAGUCAGUAUUUGUGGAAUAUAGUCUUCUCUAGAAGAAGCACAUGAGUUUUGUUGGAGCUCAUUCGCAGAUGAACACAACACUUUUCCAAAAUCGACCGGGAGAAACGUAAAUUUGAACAAAUUUGCAUUUGGAACCCCAUGACUACAGGAUUUAUUAACUAGUAAACAUUGAUUUACGUCGUCAGUAUGGAAUUUCUGUCGCUGAGUCGCAGACGUUCCUCCUCGCGAAACGUCCCUCAGCGGCGAAGAGCGAGGAGAAACGUCUGCCGUUCGCAGGCUACACCUCUCACUGCGCAUGUCGAUUCGAAAUUCUUGGCGAUGAUUGUAUUGUACUAGUUCAAACCAACUGAAAAGAUUGAUUGUCAUAAUGCACAGAUGCUGUUUACUUUCUUUAUAUGUUCUUCAGAACUGUGACUUUGUAAAGAAAUACCCGGACUCUUCCCUCCAUGUCUACUAUGCUGGUAACCUCAGGUAUGCCAAUUGUGACAACUGUUGUAGUCGCUGGUAUUUCACCUUUAAUGGAGCCGAGUGCAGCUCUCCAGGAACUAUUGACGGUGCAUUCUACUUGGCAACAGGCCGAAACCACAAUCCUCAUCUUCACCGCCACAUUGAAGGUCACUGCAAUAACAUUCAGAAAGGAAAGGUGCGAGUGGGAUUCUGGGUUGGAAAGUGCGUCUCAGGCCAUAAGCUUGCUGACGCCCAGACUGGUUGGCAUUCACUGAGUCGUAUCUUCAUUGAAGAAGUGCCAAAAGCCCAGCAGUAACCACGAGCCAUGUGAUCAUCUAGACUUUUUAAAACAUAAGGGUGUUAGCAGA